AUGCCACACUUGUCGAGUCUCGGCAAGGCCGUCCUGUGCUUUGCAAGCGCUAUUUUGCAAACGCCCAGCUUCGUCGUGGCAGUCAAUCCCAUCAUCCAAACGCGUUUCACCGCUGACCCUGCCCCUAUGGUCUGGAACAACACUGUCUAUAUAUUUACCGACCACGAUGAGCCAGGAGCGCAAACAGGUUUCAAUAUGACCGAUUGGCGCCUCUAUAGUACGACUGACAUGGUCAACUAUGUCGAUCUGGGAAGCCCGCUUGCGCUGGCCGAAUUUUCCUGGGCCUCCUACAAUGCUUGGGCUCCGCAGGCGAUUGAGAGGGAUGGAAAGUUCUACAUCUACGUAGCCGCUGGACAAAAGAACGGCAACAUGGCAGUCGGCGUUGCCGUGAGUGACAACAUCGAAGGCCCUUACAAGGAUCCACUCGGCAAGCCACUAGUCGCGACCUCGACUGGAAACAUUGAUCCUACCGUGUACAUCGACGACGAUGGUCAAGCUUAUCUCUAUACGGGUAAUCCUACCCUCUACUACGUCAAGCUGAACGAGGACAUGAUCAGCUAUUCUGGAGGCGUCCAGAAUGUCUCAUUGACCACUCAAGGCUUUGGUGCUCGGCCGAAUUUCCUGUACAAUCCUGAAAAGCCAACAACCUUCGAAGAAGGCCCUUGGUUCUACAAGCGCAACGGACUCUACUACCUGAUGUACGCAGCUGAUUGCUGUCCGGAAGAUAUCCGAUACUCGACUUCGAACGGCCCUACAGGACCGUGGCAGUAUCAAGGUGCUAUUAUGGCUGAGCAAGGCGGAUGCCUUGGUAACCAUGCUGGUGUUAUCGACUACAAAGGCAACUCGUACUUCUUCUAUCACAAUCAAGGAGUAGCUGGUGGCGGUCAGUACGAUCGCUCUGUCUGCGUGGAGCAGUUCACAUACAAGUCGAAUAACUUGUUUCCAACGAUCAAAAUGACAUAUACAGGAGCGCCUCAGAUCGGCACAUUGGACCCUUACCAACGGGUCGAGGCUGAGACAAUGGCAGACUCGUAUGGUGUCAACACACAGCCUUGUAGCCAGGGUACACAGAAUAUCUACGCUAUCGAGGACGGUUACUGGCUUAUGGUUGAGGGUGUUGAUUUUGGUUCAGGAGCAUCCAAAUGGACUGCAUCGGUUGCGUCCGACACGCAGGGGGGUAGGAUUGAGCUUAGGCUUGGCAGCGUCACUGGUACGGUUGUUGGCUCUUUGACUGUUCCAGAUACUGGAGGAUGGCAGAGCUGGAAGACUAUGUCUACCUCCGUCAGUGGGGCGACCGGUGUGAAAAACCUCUAUUUGGUGUUUAGAGGCGAGCCCGGCUUUCUGUUCAACGUCGACUACUGGUUGUUUUCAAAGUGA